AUGUCAUCAUCGAUGGUAAGGACAGUCCCGGCAAUAAUAUGCGACUGCAGAGGAUUAGAGCUGCAGAAGACGCACCAGAAGUUGAUAGAGACGACGCUCAACGAGUUCUUGGAGUCGUUUCGCGAAAUGGAUGUCAACUGCGAUGACCGGCAGAAGCGACAAAAUAUUCUUGUCUUUCAAUUGAAUGAAUUGAAAAUUAAGACCCGUUUCGAUGAACGCAAAGAGUUCUUUGAUCUGAAGGACAGACAAUUCGGUUGUCAGCGAUUCAGUCGAGUGAAGAUCCGGAGGAAGUGCUUCGAAAUUGUGUAUCACUUGAAUCACCGCAAGAAUAGCAUUAAAUGCAUACAAAGUGUCACGGAUUUCAAGACAGUUCUCACGGACGAAGAGGCGAUUCAAUUGUCGGAUGUGAUAGAGAGAGCGGUGAAGAUAAUCGAUAUGUAUAUCGAUGUCAAUAACGACGGAAACGAUGAGUUCAGUUGUUCUAUGAUGAAGAGGAGAGUGAAUGGAGGACUGAAUAUGAGUGUGGAUGUGAUGACCGAAGAGCCGAUGCAUUCGUACAGAAAUAUACUGAAAGACAAGUCGACACAAGCGUUGGCUGAAAGGGAGAGACUUCUCAAGGAUUUGACGGCAUUUACGGCUCAACUCAAGAAAGAUCUCAAUCUGUCAAUACUUUUGACGGGAAAUGUCUACGACUUCGAGACCGUAGAAGUUGUUGAUAAUCAGACAAAGAGUUGA